CUUUUGUGUUCUUCUUUGUCGUUUUUUAUUCUCAACCGAUUGCCAUCUGUUAUAUACAUGAAUAGAUUCGAUCCUGGGUUCCUCUGAUUCCUUCUAGGGUUUCUAUCUCUCUCCCUUUUGGUGGCAACCCGUUAUCCGAGAAGGAUCUAUCAAAUCUACGUUGCCGAAAUCAGUUAUCAUGGCUACCAUUGCUCAAACCCCUGAUCAAUCUGCUGAUAUGUUGCAGAAGCUUACUUUGGAUUCACAACCGAAAGGUUCGGAGAUUCAUGAGGCGAAGAAGGCUUCUGUUUACCAGUAUGGAGGAGUGGGUUUACAUGGUCAAGUUUCUUCCUUUGACCGCUCAUUGAUACCAUUGCUUACCAGUGAUGUUACGGAUCCUUCUGUUUUGCUAUGUUCCAAAUGCCUACCAGCAGCCCUUUAUUAUGCAUGGAUCUCUAUCACAGAUUCAGCUAAUAAAGUCUUUUCGAUCUCAGUGUAACCAACAGAAUCGGUUUUCAGAACAAGGUGCUCCUACGGAGAGAGCUUCUGAGAUUUGAGUAACAACAUUGACCGCAUACUCUUUCUUCUCCUCUACAUACAUCUACACAAAACCUUCCUUGGAAGCUUCUGUUUUGACACUCUUCUGAGACUUCAAACUCCUUCUCCUAGAGGAUAUAAAGGUUUUCAGAGGAGGAUAAUGCUUGUGAAGAUGGUCGUUGAGUGAACAAUGCAUGUAAGGACAUACUUUCAAGACAAAAGUUCCACUAACUUGAUCAUCAGUUGCACCAUGAUGAAGCAUCAGAUAAUAUGGAAGCUCUUUGUGCGCAGCUCUUGAAACUUGGAGCCUUUGUCAAACCCCUAACGAUCCUCGAACUCGGCUUGUUGUUAACUCCAUGCCGAGAAUCAUGUUUCAGACCGGUUUUGUUCUUCUGAUUCUUUGUAAGAUUAAGUCUACUCUUGUUCUCCUUCCUUGCCUCAGAGCUAGAGGUUCCCUUCAUGUAGUUAGGCGACAUACCUGUCCCUUUAACAACAACAAGAUCAUUUUUCUUUGGUGUUGAUUGUGGCUUACCUGGUUGAGAAACAGGACUGUCAAUAACCUUCCUUUUAGGUUUGGUUCGCUUCUUCAUCGUCAUCAUCUCUGGCCCAAGGCUCUUCAGAUGUUCUUGACCAAACGGAGUUUCAGGUUGGAGAUUAUAAGACUCGGUUGUUUGACAAGUCUUCCUCUGAACCAUCUUCUCAAGUCU